AUGUCGAAGCUUAACUUCAGGGUGAACCAUGUGGCAAUUGCUGUCCCAGAUCUUGACGACGCAAUUGAGUGGUACUCAGAGGUUUUCAACCUAACCCUCCUAAUACCUGCGUUAACACUGGAUCGAUCCAAGACGCCGGAUGACUCCAUUUUUACAAUCUACCCACCUAGUUGCAAGUGGAUGCGGCUGGCUCUCCUUGGUGCUGGCCCUGGAGGCCCCGCAGACUUGGAGCUCUUCCAGUUUCAAGACCCAACACCGGAGGAGGAGUGCAUCUUUGAGCUCCAGUACAGGCGAGGUGGAUACUUUCAUAUGGCUCUGACGGUUGAGGAUGUAGAUGCUGUGGUCGAGAAAAUAGUGAGUCGGGGUGGCAGAAAGGUUGGGCUGGAUAUGCCCUGUUCAAAGUCCCACAAAGCUGCCUAUGUCACGGAUAAAUGGGGAAAUGUGAUGGAAAUUAUGAGUGCCAGCUACUCAGAUAUUGUGGCUGAAGUAAUGGAGCAGUAUAGGGAGGUCACCAACUGA